AUGAUGAGGUUCAUCGCUGCCAUCCACUUGGUUACCUUAUUGGUUUCCGCCAACAGUAUCGUGUCUUACGAAGGAUAUCAGGCUCUUCGCGUGCGUUUCGGAGGAGACCUCCCAGCCGUGCAAAGAAAACUCUCCAAGCUCUCGUAUGACGAAUGGGAGCGAACCGCUGACGAUAUCACGAUCACACUUUCCCCCGAGCAAAUUCCAGCCUUCAAGAGCCUAGGUCUUAAAUAUGACGUUAUGCAUGGUGACCUGGGCGCAUCCAUCAACGCAGAGUCUGCAUCCGGCGCUGAGUGGAAGAGGCAAAUUGAUGACUUAGCUUGGUACGACUCUUAUCACCCAUACGAUGACCACAAGGCGUACUUUGAGGAACUUCACGCGGCUCACCCGGAUCACUCGGAAAUCAUCUCUACCGGAACUUCUUAUGAAGGUCGAGACAUUUUUGGCAUUCAUUUCUGGGGAGAUGAGGGCCCCGGUAAGCCAGCAAUUGUCUUCCACGGCACUGUUCACGCCAGAGAAUGGAUCACGGCACCCGUCAUCGAAUACCUAACCCUGCAGCUUCUGACCGGCUACCGCAACGACAACCAGACAACUGUCGCCCGGGACAGUUAUGACUUCUACAUCUUCCCUUUUGUGAACCCCGAUGGAUUCGUCUACACGCAGACAAACGACCGCCUUUGGCGUAAAAACAGGCAGCCUCCUCCUAACAACUCGACAGUCUGCUGGGGCUGCGACAUCAACCGCAACUGGCCCUACAAGUGGGAUGCUAACCCGAACGGCGCCUCGGCUGACCCGUGCCACUUCGGCUACAAGGGUGAGGCCCCAGGCGACACCCCCGAGAUGGCCGGCCUGCACGCCUUCAUCGACCGGCUUCGCGACACGAACGGCAUCAAGCUCUUCAUCGACUGGCACAGCUACAGCCAGUACCUCCUCGCGCCGCUCAGCUGGAACUGCACCCAGUAUAUUCCCAAGCUGGGCCAGCACAUCAACCUGGCACGGCGCGCGACGCAAGCCAUUCGCGAGGUCGAGGGCACGCAGUUUGUCUUUGGACCGAGCUGUGCCACGCUUUACGUGGCUACAGGGUACAGCAUUGACUAUGCGUAUAAGGUGGGCAAGGCUGACUGGGCAUAUCUCAUUGAGCUUCGGGAUACGGGGAAUCACGGGUUCGUGCUGCCGCCGGCGCAGAUCAGGGGGAGUGCAGAGGAGCAAUGGGCGGGAUUCAAGACGAUUCUGCAGUAUGUGGACGUUGAGGAUAUUUUUGAAGCCUGA